GUGUCCAAACUUUGCGAUCGUAGGUAUGCAAUUUUGUCGAAAUUUACAUAGUAACAACCGAAAGGCCCCCGAAAACCUCGAAACGCAUGAGCCAACCCACGCCGCCGACGACGACGGCCACCACCACCGCCCUGCGCGAGUGGAACCGCCUGAUCCAGCACGCCGCCGCGUCGGGCUCCUACUCCCGCUGCCUCCGCCACUACGCCUCCCUCCUCGCCGCGGGCCUCGGCGGCGGCGGCGCAUCCACCUUCCCGUCCCUCGCCAAGUCAUGCGCCGCGCUCCGCCUCCCCCGCCUCGGCGCCGCCGUCCACGCCCACGCCCUCCUCGCCGGCGCCGCCUCCGCCGUGUUCGUCCGGACCUCCCUGCUCGACAUGUACGCCAAGUGCGGGCGCCUCCCCGACGCGCGCCGCCUGUUCGACGAAAUGCCGCGCCCGACCCUGGUCUCCUGGAACUGCAUGGUCGCUGCGUACGGCAGGAGCUCCCAGGUGGAGGAGUCUGUUGCGGUGUUCAACGCGAUGCGGCGUGCGGGGGUCAGACCCAGCGAGGGCACACUCGUCGGCGUGCUCUCCGGGUGUGUGGACUCCGUUUCCGCAAGCAAUCCUGGCAUGUGCGUCUACGGGUUUAGCGUGAAAUCUGGGCUUGAUGCCGGUUUGCCUGUGUUGAACUCGGUUCUCACCAUGCUUGUCCGUGGUAGCCAUCUGGAUGCUGCGCGGUUGUUGUUUGAUGGAAUAUGCAACAAGUCUGUAGUUACUUGGACUGCAUUGGCAUCUGGUUAUUUACUUAGAGGGGAUUAUCUGGAGGUGUUUGAUCUGUUCAACCGCAUGCGGGGAGUUGGGAAAAAUGUUGACUCGGUAGUGCUCGUGAAUCUCAUAUCAGCUGCUGUUCUGUUUGGGAACUUGUCGGUGGCCAAGGGUGUGCAUGCUCUCAUUAUUAAGCUUGGCUUUGAAUGUGAGGAAGACCUUGCGGCAUCAUUGAUAAACUUGUAUGCAAAGUGUGGAGAUCUUGAAUCCGCUCGAGAAGUCUUUGAUGCAGUUCACAUGGCGAAUGUGGUUGUGUGGACUUCAAUGAUAAGUGGGUAUGUUGAAGGUGGUCAUCUGAAUGAAGCGUUGGUGAUGUUCGAUAGCAUGGUGUGCGCAAACAUUGAGCCGAAUGAAGCAACUCUGUCAUCAGUUCUUUCAGCUUGUGCCAAAUUGGGGUCUGCUAAUCUGGGGAAAAAGGUUGAGGAGCAGGCAAUUGCCACUGGACUGCAUUCAGAGCCGCGAGUAGCUACUGGAUUAAUCGACAUGUAUAGCAAGUUUGGUAGCAUCAAUCUGGCUAGGAAAAUAUUUGAGGGUGUUACCAAUAGAGAUAUAGCUGUUUGGAGUGCCAUGAUUAAUGGGUAUGCUUGCAAUGGAGAAGGAAGUGAGGCUCUUGUCCUUUUCAAGGAGAUGAAAAACAAAGGUUUUCAACCAGAUGGGAUUGCGUUUACUCAUGUUCUUACCGCAUGCAACUAUUCUGGUUUAGUAGAUGAAGGUCUUGAGUGCUUUCACAGCAUGACAAUGGAAUAUGGUAUCGAGCCAUCUAUUGAACAUCAUAUGUGCAUGGUUGAUUUGCUUUGUAAAGCUGGUCAUUUUGGGAGCGCCCUAAAGUUCUUCAAGCAGAUGCCAAGUGAGGUGCAAAAUAAGGUUUUAGCUCCUAUAAUUAGUUCAUACAGUGCUCGUUGUGCUGAUUCAUCCAUAGAUUUCAUACCAGAGGAACUUCUGAAUUUGGAGACUCAAGAUUCUGAUCACUGUGUUCUGAUGUCUAAUAUGCUCAGUUGUUUAGGGAAAUGGAAGAAGGCCACAAGUUAUAGGAGGCAACUAAGCAAGCAAGGAUUAAUGAAGGAACCUGGAUGGAGUUGUAUUGAGCUGAGUGGCUAAUUAUUCUUGAUGUUUAGAGCACUUGAUUCACAUAAUUUUCCAAUCCUAAGAGUAGUCACGUCUCUGGGGGAAAAAAGAGGGGUCAUGUCUCAUGAGUUUAUUGAACAGAUAUCAUUCUCAAGUGAAGCCUUAAGGUUGAAGAAUUAAUUCAUCUUGCAGUCUCAAGUUCAACGUGCAUUACUAGAAUUACACACUUGCAGCCAAUAUGGUUUGAGGAUAUGGUUUGGCACAAUAAAAUGUGACAUCCGUUCCAGAUACAUUGAUUUGGUGAGGACCAUCCUCUGGUUAAUGGAGAAGGGUACCAUUCAGGAAAGUGGCUUUUUAUUGGUAUUCAAGCACGUCAGGUACUUAAGGUUCAUAAUGGUCCGUGUCUGGUGAUCUAAUAAAUAGAACCCUUCAAUGGAACGAAAAGAGAGAAAACAUUUUAAGAUGGCACCACUGAAUCUACUCAGAGUUGGAAUUAUGGUCCUGUACUCUCCUCCAUCCACUAACCUGUUCAAGCUGGCAUGGUCACUUGCCUACUGGCUACUGCCGUUCCACAGCAUGCUUCUCUCUAGCUGGGUGUGAUUGCUAAAAGUUGGUGAUAAGGAGGAGAAAAAGCAUCCCUCGUGUGAUCCCAAGCAAGAAGCUUAAGAAGGAUCCCUAGGACGAGGGGGAGACAAGCAGGCAAAUAUAAAGAUGACACUGCAUAAUUGAUAAUUCACUGACCACCUCAGAUAUGCUGAGAACGUGCUCAUAGCAUGGCGGUGAAGUCCUCAUUUGUGAGGCUACAGGCCAGGGCUCAACCCUGGCUCUCACAAAAAAAAAAAAGGUCCCUUGCUGUGUGUUCCCCAAAAGCGCGAGUUAAGAACCGGUCUUCGGGUCCUCAUAUAGGAAGCAGAAGGGAACACACACAUAUACUGAAUUUCAAGGUGACCGAUAUCACUGGAACGGGAGGCACACGGAAUGCCAACAACGGUUGCAGCACCGAACAUAGUUCCAGUAGCCUCAGCUACCAAAGUCUGGGAAUGAGACCAGGGGGGCUGGAGCACUUGGUUGCCUUGCAAAGUUGCAAUGGCAUCAAGCAGUGCAGAGAAAGAAGGCACGGAUUCAAAGCAUGCCGGUCACAUGCUCACAGCCCUCCGGCGAUGGCCUCGUUCAGCCGUUCUUCUUGAGUGAUCUCUACUCGUAGGGGCUUGGCUUGAUGCAGCGCACGAGUAGGGAUGCAAGCGGGGGCGGACAAGCGGGCUUUUUUAUUCCGCUUAUCCAACUUCUAGCUUAUUUUUUCUUCUAAAUUUUGUACUACCAUACCAGAAAUAAACUAGCAAGCGGGUAACGAGACUACCCACUUGCAUCCCUCCCUACGCACGAGCUGUGCUCACGUGAUCUGAACACAUGCAUGUUAGCUUGUGCUUCAGAACGAUUUUUUAUUCAGUUUAGUGGGAGGAUAUUAGUCCAGUGGGUUGUUCCUUUUUUUUUUCAAUGGUUGUUUUUUUAGAAAGUAUUUUUUAGGAUGGACCUUUUCUUUUAAGAAAGGUUUUUACGCGGAGGUGGAGGAGGACAACUUCCUCUUUAUAGAAGUAGAGAGAUGAGGAAGCUAUGCACAUUGUGAAACAUAUUUUUUCCUCAUCUUUUUUUGUUUUGUAUAACUUUGAAAUUAUAUACAUUCCUAUAAAAACACUACCAACUAAGAAACUACCACAUCCAUUUUAAA